UUAUGAACUAACGGCCACUCUUACCUCACCUCCCAAAGAUGCUUCUCUCACACAUCCUCACUUUCCUCGUCUCCCUCCUCUUCCUCACUUAUUAUGUCGCUGCGAACUACUCAGCGGCAACAUGUUCUAACAUAGUGCCGCUAAUAAAUCGCAGCGACAAAAUCUUUUUAACAGAUUUUGGUGGUGUCGGCGACGGCCGCACACUGAACACAAAAGCGUUCAGAGCGGCCGUGUACCGCAUUGAACACUUGAAGAGACAGGGUGGCACAGUACUGUACGUGCCUCCAGGUGUGUACUUAACGGAGAGCUUCAACCUCACUAGUCAUAUGACGCUUUAUUUGGCUGCUGGUGCCGUUAUCAAAGCCACGCAGGAGUUUGGUAAUUGGCCUUUAAUUGCACCCUUACCAUCUUAUGGAAGAGGAAGGGAGCUCCCUGGAGGAAGGUAUAUGAGUUUUAUCCAUGGAGAUGGACUUGAUGAUGUAAUAAUCACAGGUGAGAAUGGGACAAUUGAUGGGCAAGGAGAUGUCUGGUGGAACAUGUGGAGGCGAAAAACACUUAAAUUUACAAGACCGAGCCUUGUUGAAUUUAUGAAUUCCAAAAAUAUUCUUAUUUCAAAUGUGGUUUUCAAAAAUUCUCCCUUCUGGAAUAUACACCCAGUUUAUUGCAGCAAUGUUGUUGUUCGAUAUGUCACAAUUUUGGCUCCUCGUGACUCUCCUAAUACUGAUGGAAUUGAUCCAGAUUCAAGUUCAAAUGUCUGCAUAGAAGACUCAUACAUCUCCAAUGGAGAUGAUCUUGUGGCUGUGAAGAGUGGGUGGGAUGAGUAUGGUAUUGCAUAUGGUCGCCCCAGCUAUGGCAUCACUAUCCGGCGCCUAACCGGAUCGUCUCCGUUCGCCGGCAUUGCAGUUGGCAGUGAAACCUCUGGUGGGGUGGAGAAUGUACUAGCUGAACACAUCAACCUCUUCAACAUGGGAGUUGGUAUCCACAUCAAGACAAACAGUGGGAGGGGAGGGCUCAUUAAAAACAUAACAGUGGCUCAUGUGUAUGUGGAGAAUGCAAGGCAGGGAAUCAAAAUUGCAGGUGAUGUAGGGGGGCAUCCAGAUGACAAGUUUAAUCCUCAAGCUCUGCCAGUUGUGAAGGGCAUCACAAUCAAGAAUGUUUGGGGAGUGAAUGUUAACCAGGCAGGUUUGAUACAUGGACUGAGACAUUCCCCUUUCACUGAUGUGUGUCUGUCUGAUGUCAACUUUCAUGGCACGAGAGGACCAAGAUCUCCCUCUUGGAAGUGUUCUGAUGUGUUUGGAUUUGCUCAUCAGGUUAGUCCAUGGCCAUGUUCUCAGCUGAGCAGCCAAGAGCCUCGAUCAUGUGCCAUUUAGAGAUUUUACUUCCCUUAAACUUCAAGAGUACUGUUUCUUUCAUUGAUUUAUUAUACUCAAAAAAAGGCAUUGAAUCAUCACCUUUUGAAUUGUAUGAUAUCAUAUAUGCAAGUAAACUGAGUCAAACAUGUAUCAAACACAUGCAUUAGUUGAGAGUGCCAAAUAAGCUGAGGUCUAUGACAUAAAUUUUACCAUGGGAAUCACCAAAUAA